CGACGUUUUCCAUCGUCGUUCUCGUACGCCGGCAUCCCACCGAUGCGUGACGUCGAACACUCCAUUCAGCUCGUGCCUGAAUAUCGUGUUCACCACCAGGCACCCUACAGACUCUCGAUCCCCGAGGCCACCGAACUCAAGCGUCAGCUUGAGGAGCUCCUGAGACUGGGUUUCAUUAAACUCAGCAACUCCCCGUGGGGUGCACCCGUCCUCUUUGCUCGCAAAGCGGAUGGAACUCUUCGUCUCUGCAUCGACUACCGCGGCCUUAACCGCUACACGGUUAAGAACAGCUACCCCAUGCCUCGUUCCGAUGAGCUGGUUGACCGCCUAGCAGGCAACCGCUUCUUUACGAAGAUUGAUCUUUGUAGCGGUUACCAUCAGAUCCGCGUUGCUGCAACCGACCAGCCGAGAACCGCGUUCCGCUCGCAAUUCGGCCACUACGAGUUUACGGUGAUGCCAUUCGGCCUCACCAUUGUCUAUUUUCAGAUUGAUUCCUCACUUGCACAUUUUGGAAUCCGCGUCGCUGCAGCCGACCAGCCGAAGACAGCGUUCCGAUCGCGCUUCGGCCACUACGAGUUUACGGUGAUGCCAUUCGGCCUCACCAAUGCACCCACCACCUUCCAAAGGGCGAUGAACGACAUCUUCAGGGACAUCCUGGAGCAGUACGUUCUCGUCUACCUCGACGAAUUCCUGGUCUACAGUCGUACCCUUGAGAAGCACCUCAGACACCUCCGCGACGUCCUUGACCGCUUGCGCAGACAUGGCUUCUACGCCAAUCUGAGCAAGUGCUGCUUUGCCCAGCACAAAGUGGAUUUCUUAGGACACUACGUGUCUGACCAGGGUCUCCAAAUGGACGACGUGAAGAUCACUGCUAUUGCGGAGUGGCCCGCCCCCACAUCCGCCAAGCAGCUUCGCAGCUUCCUAGGCCUGAUCAGCUACUAUAGUAACUUCAUCCGGGGAUACGCUAGGUAUUCCUACGUCCUUACCUCCACCCUCCUCCGGAAGAACCCACCCUGGGCUUGGACACCCCUCCACGAGGACGCCUUCCGCGCCCUCAAGAAGGCGGUGACAUGUGCACCGGUGCUUCACCUACCCGAUUUUGAUCGCCCUUUUAUCCUUACCACCGAUGCGUCAGACUUUGUUGUAGGAGCAGUGCUUUCUCAGGUCUUCCCCUCCUCUCCUGAUUCCUCUCAUCCUCGUAUCCCUCGCUUCCCACCACCUACCCCUACCACUGCUUCCCGACUGACGCCUACUCGUCCAGCUACUGACGAACCCUCCAUCGACUAUUCUCCUACCAUCGCCGAGGACGACACUGUCAAGUCUCGCUCAGGUGAUUGUCUGAUAGCCUUCUACUCCCGUCAGCUCCUGCUUGCCGAGAUAAACUACACUGCUGAUGAACGUGAGGUUCUCGCAGUAGUUUAUGCCGCUCGGCACUGGCGGCACUACUUGCACGGGGCACCAUUCACGGUGCGCACGGACAACUCUGUUGUCCAGGCUUUUCUGACUAAGCCGAAGCUCACUCCUCGACAGACUCGCUGGUGGCGCGACCUAUCCGAGUUUAGUUAUCGUGGACGUCAUCGGCAGCUUCAUAGACUUCAUCACGAUCAGCUCUGCCUACUUCAGACGUCGCCACUCUCUUACCACUCUACCCUGUACAGUACCCUGUUUGUGUCGCAUGAUGGUCUCCCUUUAGCCGGGUUCCUCUGAGUUGGGCUCUCCCUUGGUAUACGCAUAGGCAUCGGGACCGUA